GCCACUGCUACUAUACAAGAGACGUAUACAAAACAUUCUUCGCAUAGAUUCCCGCGCGCGCGUUUGUAAAGCCCGGCCUAAACAGCGAGACGAAUUACAGUAGCUCGUGCAGCGGCAUACAUGAUACCGAAAAUUACAUUGCAAUUGCACUCAUCAUAUUGCAUGUGAAUCAUCGACGCGAACCAUCAUCAAGAUUCAAGCGAUCAGAAUAACAAACUGAGGCAUUUCUAGUGAUUUAGAGAUCGAGUAAACAAAUAAAGAAGAUGUUGAUCAAAGUGAAGACACUCACCGGGAAAGAGAUCGAAAUUGACAUCGAGCCUAUGGACAAGGUUGAGAGGAUAAAAGAAAGAGUAGAAGAGAAAGAGGGUAUUCCUCCAGCACAACAGAGGUUAAUUUUCAGCGGUAAACAAAUGAAUGAUGACAAGACCGCCCAAGAUUACAAAGUGACCGGUGGAUCUGUUCUUCAUCUUGUUCUAGCUCUAAGAGGAGGAAAUCGAUGAUGGAACAAGUAUAAGAAUUACUCAAUUUUUUUAAAAGCUGAUCUUAUCCCAGUAUUGUAUCACAGAAUUAUCAUGACAGCACUUCAUUAGGGAAUAUUUAUAUUAUAUACACUGUUUGCUUGAUGAAUGUUGGAGGGGGAGGGAUGUGCCAACAGCUGUCUAAAGAAAAAAAAAUUGCGAUAAAAAAUUCUUGAUUGUAUUUUAAAGUUAAUCGUUAAAGGGUUCUUUGAAUUAAUAUUUCAUUUUGAUACAUUUUGAUUUAUUUUUUUGUAAGAAAUAUAAUAUCUGCCCCAGUAUUGAAUUCUCAGUGGAAUUUUAGUACACAGAACAAUGGGCUAUUGUCAGUGACACUGUCACAUAUAGUACUACAAUGGGUGAUAUCAAGUUCAGUGUUAAACCUUUUGGUGUUGGUGUUAGGUUAUGUUUACAUGAGGAUAGCACCAAACAUGAAAUAGAAUUACUCCCUCAAAGUCACUCACUUGGUGUUGAGCCAUAAAUAUUGUGAUCUGGAUUAUUUGUGUUAUCUCAGAAUAGGUUUUGGAGCUAGAAACACAAUCCAAGUUGUGCUUCCAACACCAGCACGAACACUGGACUUCAAAUCACCCAGUGUAAUAAGAUUUACCUCUGUCCAUAUAGUUUUGACUCUGUCAAACGGCAGAAAAUGCAACUUUGAACCUGUCCAGAGUUGUACCAUCUGUAUUUCCAAAUGGUCUGUAAAGAAGUCUGUAAAGUGUGAAUUAAAAAAUCCAGUCAAUACAUGUACAAUCAGAUGGUAUCACUCAACAGCAGUUUGUGACCUUAAAAGGUCGUAAAAUGCUACCACGGUCACACCAAGAAAACCAAUGAUAUACCAUUGGUUGACAUACCACACUGUAGCAUUAGAUUUUGCAAUAUCACAGAUAAGAUUUCUCAUCUGGUGAUCCCAGACCUGCCAACUGUUCUGAUUUUCAACCUUUAAAAUGGCCAAAAUUCAGAACAUCUUGAUUUCAGAAAUUUCAUGUGAAAAAAAAAAUGUUGAAAAAUCUCAUAGACCCAUUCCUGCUAGACAGUCCUCGAUACACCUUAAAUAGCCCAGUCCUGUUGGGUUUAAAGUUGCUAAACUACAGGAAUUUCAGAGAGAACUGCCCUCUUGACCCUUGCAUUGGGCUCUGCCCCAGGACCCCAUUGGGGACUUGGACUGAGUUGGCCCCAUGGACCCCUGGCCAUUGGUUGUUCAGAUUUUGCAUUUCUAAAUUAUGUUGGCAGGUUUGUAAUCCGAAUUAUGGUUCAUGUCCGUUUUAUUAUGUUUCAACGUGUUUGACAAGUUUCAUUUUUCGUAUCUGUGUGAGAGUUACAUGUGAUUUGCAACUUGCCAAUCAUAAUCUAUUAUGAGAAGGAAGUUUUGAAUGAUUAUAGCAAGGAAUUUUGCAUGUUUGAUAAGUACAUGUAGAAAACUAUGUAUGGCCAACAUCAAAUAUGACAGGGGUGCAACCUUUUCAAGCUAAAGCUUGAAUUCUUGGGGCCAUAGAAACACAUAGGCUUGUUUUAGAUAGUGAAAUCCCUGCAUAAAUGAAAGACAGUUUAAUCAACAUCCAUACAAGACAAUAGAAUAUAAAGACAUCAAAAUAGAGGAAAUUAAUGCAAUUCUCCACAUAUGUGAAUUCAAUAGAUUUAAGGCUGGCUUUUUGUAUAAUAAUUGUUUUGUUAGUCAAAAGAUGGUAAAAGUACAACUAUGAGUACGUUAACCUCUUGCAAUUGCAUGAUGGUCGUAUAUGAUGUACAUUACAAUUACAUGCCUGGCAAUAUUUGUUUCUUCUGUAUAUUAUUGUUUCAUUAUUUUUUUUAUUACUUAAGGACAACUAUUUGUUUAGCUGCCACUGCUAAGUUUGUUUCAAUUUGGUUAUCUGACUUUUUUUUCUCAUUUUAAUGGAAUAAGAAACAAACUAGCUACCAUAUUGAAUAUCAAAUUUGAGGUGACAGAUAAAAGCUGCCUGUAGUUAAUACCAUAUUAAAUCAACUAUAAAUCUGGACAGGUGGUGUAUAUAGCAUUUAAACUUAAAAAUGUGAACAAUUUGGGAGGUUUAACUCCACUUAAUGGUCCAAUUUCUGUGAGUAAGCAUAUGUUACUGCUUGUAAAAUAUGAGAAACCAGAGCUACCGAUGCAAAAUAUAUCUAUAUAUUUAUAUAUCUUGUCAAGAUCGUGGAUAAUUUGUUUCAUGUGGUUAACAAAUAUAAGCCAGGGUAGCCUAAGGGAAUGCUAUUUGUUGUUGCUAGACUGCAAACUGAUUUUGAAUAAUUUUGCUUUUUAGUCUGACACAGAUAUAGGUAUUCCACUGUUUUUCUGUUAUACAAUCCAAUGUUAUUGUAUCCCCCUAUCAGCGCUGGUUUAUUUGUAUCAUUUCCUUCAUAAUGCAUCACUCGAUGUAACGUUUCUGUCAUUGAAUUGAAUGUCAGUUGUGUAUCUAUAAUAUUGGUGCCUGUACUUGCAAAAGUUAUGAUGAUACAUACUUAUCUAUACUUGGUAACAAAAAGCGUUUACCCAAAAAUGGUAAAUGUUCAAGAGAAUUUUUUUUCCUUCUUCUUUUUUUCCAAUUGCUACUGUACUCCAUAGGGAUGGUUUUCCCUUUGGCCGAGUAUAUUGGGUUCUAUUUUGAAGAUGGAGAGAGAUUUGAAUAUGAUAUCACAUAUCAUCAUCAUCUGAGGCUAUGCACUUCCAUUGCUUUCUGCAAUGAAACCUUGUUCUAACUGCUCCACAACUGAGACCAGUCAGUUUCUUAACAUCAUUACCAAGUGCAACACUGUCUACCCCUUUUCUUUUUACCCGGUCACACUUGUCAUUUAAACCAAAAAAGUAAUUUUUCCCCAAAAUAUGAUAAACAAGAUAUAUGACUUUUAAAAUGAUACCAUGUGACCCUUCCACCACAAAAUAACUUUGAGUUAAGAUGAUUUAGUCAAAGAAAAGAUGACAAAAUUAGCAAUUAAAAUUAUCUAUCAUCUAUUGGAAUUUUUUUUCUCACAUAAACUUUCUAGUUGUGCUAGCAUGCCAAAAAUCUUCUUGUAACUCAUUGUUUUUGUGGCAGAGGGUCAUAUACAAAACUAUUUAGUAACUUGAAAUUUGUUAUGUAGUGAUUUUGUUUGUUUGAUGAUGUAUUAGAUACAUGAAAAUUGACUCAAGUCAGCGUGGUUGAAUGGUCUGUAACAGGUUUAUAAUUUGUAGUUGUUUGUAUGUACAAUACAUGUGCUUGUAAUAUUUGAUGUAUCGGAGCAUGGACCUACUUGCUCCAAUAGUAGGUCCAUGACUGGAGGGCCAUCAUAUGCUUACUUAUUAAAUUGUUGAUAUAUGAUAUGACAAA